AUGUUCCUGGUAACGUCUAACGUCCGCAAGGUGCUGUUUAAAGCAGGCAAGUACACCGUUCCAGGAUACAUUGAAGUCCACCGGCGUUCGGUGGGCAUCAACUCUUUCAUCGAGUAUCCAGGUGCCGAGACGCAUGACGAUAUCCAGAAGCUUGUGCAACGCUUCUGCAGCCACCCUUUGGCUUGGCAACCGCCCUGGUGGUUGGAGAACCUGCAGCGGCGCCGCUUAGCCAGCCGGUAUGGCCAGGCCCACUGCAGUGGGUCGCUUCGGUCUUCGGCCUGGCGCAGCGGCAGCAACGUGGCCGACUUGCUCGGCGACUUUGAGAGUGUCGGAGUCCAGCUGAUCUUGGCGGGCAUACCGAUCUAUGGAUACUUCCUCAACCUGGGUGCAGCGGAUGGCAUAUGGUCGGAUCCGCUGUUUUCCUUUACCCGCAAUGGUGCUAGAGGUGUGGCCGUGGAGAUGGAUCCUGAAUCCUGCGCGCGCUAUCGCAGAAACUUCCCGCAGGUCAACCUGUUGUGCACAAGGCUGACCAUGGACACAAUCCCGGAGCUGGCCAAGCAGGUUGAAUUCGGCGGAUAUGAUGUGAUGAAAGUCGACGUGGAUUCGUACGACUGCGCAUUGGUCUGGGAGCUGUUGAAGCGCUUUCAUCACCGGCCCAGCUGCAUCCUCCUUGAGGUGAACAGCGCGUUCCCCCCUCCUUUUGAAUUUGCCAUGGAGCCGCAUCCGGCUUGGGACACUAUGGACCCAAAGUUGGUCCGAUAUCACUUGGCACACGGUUGCUCCCUGAGCUACGCCAUACGGAUGCUAUCCGUCGAGCUGCCUACGCCAAACUAUGUCCUGCUCCACAUGAGCAAGAAGGAUGCACUUUUCCUCCGCAGGGAUGUGGCCGCCAAGCUGGUGGGAUCCGAUGAGGCCCCGGACGAGUUCCGCUGCUACGAGGAUCAACUCCUUGAGACCCAUGGCGUGGAGAGCGAUCGGCUUCGCCGAUGGUACUAUGGCAUCCAGGAGCUCCAUGCGGGCACAGACAUCAUGAGUGAGGAGGAGGUGCUGCAAGACAUGCGGCAAGUGGUCAGGAGCAAUAUCGCCAAGGUGUUUGGAAGAGGCCUAGCGGAUGUCAUUCCCUUCCAGCUGACAUUUAGACAGCACAAUGUCGCUCCGAUGGAGCCGGGUUUCCUUAUGGAAUCUGCCAAGAAGGUCUACUCGUUGGUUCAAGAUCUUGGCCACAACUACCUUGUUUUUAGAGAUAUGGUGGACACGAUGGUUCCGCAGCAAAAAAGGGCGUCCGAUCAGCAUCAUGGCAUUGCGCGUUAA